UAUAAAAAUGAAUAAAACUUUAAUUCUUUUUUUUUUUUACCACAUGUAAGAAACACAAUCUAGGAUGAAAGUAAUAGAAGGAUCCACCUUAUCAUUAUAUAUGAGUGGCAAAAUGGUCAAUUCGAAGUAAAUAAUUUCUACACAAAGACCAGUCCCAUUUAAUAUCGCGCCAUCGCCAUGUCCCUUCCCACUCCAUUCUUUUCUUCCAACAUAAUUACAUAAAACAACAGCAGCAACAACUCCAAACUCACCCAAACCAAAAGAAAAAAGAAAUAAAACAAAGAGAGAAUAACUCGAGAACUUUGAGCAAGAAAAGAAGGGUUUGCCCCACUCCACCUGCAAAGAAAGAAAAGAAAAAGGAAAAGGAAGGAAGGCAAGAAAGGGCGAUGGAAUGCAAGAGAGGUAAAAGAAAAGAUUUGUAAAAGAAGAGAGAUAUAUCAUAAUCGUGAAAAUGGCAAGCGGAUGGGUGAAAUCACUGCAUUGCAAAUCAAGGGCAAUGGAAGAUGUCAUUAGCCCCAGUCCUAAACAUCACCUAAUACCAAGCUCCAGUUGCCGCAAAACUUCUCAAAGCAUCAAAGACGUUAUCGAAACGGCCACCACCACAACCUCUGCUGCCAUUGCCACUUCAAAGCUGAAAAGAUAUUCCAACCUCAAGACCCAUCCCAAAAAUCCAAAUAAACCCAAACCCAAACCCAAAACUCAACCGCCUUCCGCUCCCCUUCCGCCUUCUCGUUCUCGCUCUCGCUCAGCCCGCAACCCAGACCCGCUUUUCCCGGCUCUCACCGAGGUCUCCGAGGGUCACCCUUCACGCAAUGUGGUUCAAAUCAUCUUCCAUACUAGCUGGAGCAACAAGUCUUUUCCGGGUCGGAUUGAGAUGAUUUUCAAAGUCCAUAACGGGUCAAGGACGGUAACCCGGUUUGAAGAGUACCGGGAAAUGGUGAAAAUGCGAGCUGGGUUAUCCGGGGGUACCACUCGGGAGGAGAAUGCGCGCUGCGUCGCGGAUGGAAACGAGAUGAUGCGGUUCUAUUGUUUGGGUCCCACUGGCGGUGUUCAUGACACUCGUGGCGGCGCGUGGGUUUUUCCUGGCGGGAAGGGUUCUGCUAUCUGUACGUUUUCCGGUAGCGGUGGUGCUCACGAGAGUGCUGGUGGCGGUAGUGGAAGGAGGGCUAUGCUGGUUUGUCGGGUUAUAGCGGGUCGGGUUUCGAAGCAAAUUGAGUUUGAGUCGUUGAUUGAUGGGGGACUCGGGUUUGACUCGGUGAGCGGGGAAAAUGGCGAGUUGCUGGUGUUUGACCGUCGUGCAGUUUUACCUUGUUUUCUUAUUAUCUAUAACUUGUAAAAAUACGUGGAAAUUGCUUUUCUAUUAUUAAUUUUCUUUUUAAUUUUUAA